AUGUUUUCAAACAGGUACAGAAUCGCAAGAAUACUUGGAGAGGGAAGUAGCAGUACUGUAUACAUGGGAUAUGACAGGGAGAGUGAGAAGAAGGUGGCAAUAAAAUGCAUCAACAAGACACAUAGCAAGGAAAUAGAAAUUUUGAAGAGAUUAAUGCAGAAUGAAGAUAAGAAUGAGAAUGUGCUGAUUCCUAUAGAAAUAAUCGAGCAAGAUGGCGUAUUCUACAUCAUAACAGAGUCAUGUGAAUGCAACCUGGUUGAAUUCAUCAACACAUACGAAAUAGAAGAGAAGAAUAUAGUCAAAAUUAUCAGGAUGAUUCUGAUAGGCCUUCAUUUUAUGCACAGGAACAAUCUAAUUCAUAGAGACAUAAAACUAAGCAAUUUAUUGGUUAAGAAUGAGACAAUUAAGAUAUGUGAUUUGGGAUUAAGUUGCUUUAUGGAUGAAAAUAAGAAUGAGGUGUGUGGGACACAUGAAUACAUGGCACCUGAAAUAGGUAAAGAUGCCUAUUCAGCCAAAAUAGACAUUUAUGCCUUGGGAGUGGUUGCAAAGACACUGGUUUGCAGGGCAAAAGAAAUGGAAUUGGAUUCAGCCUGUGUUUCUGAAGAGCUGAAAUGGUUCAUUAAUCAGCUACUUGCAACAGACCCAACAAACAGGCCCAGUGCAUUUGAAGCAUUACAACAACCUGUGUUUGAUGUGUUGUAUCGUAAAAUGCACAAUUUCAAGAUCAUUAAGGAAUUCAGUAGAGAAACAAAAUACGGCAAAAUUAUCAGAAAGGAAAACUACGUCAGUAUAGAGAGCAAUUUCAAUAAGACGGUUGUCUUUUAUGAAGAGUGUUGCAGAGAAGAAGAGCACAAAAUGCACGAUUUCAGGCUGUGUGACAACUUCAGGACAUCAAUCAAGAUCAACGAUAAAAUCAAAACAAAAGAUCUCUUAUCAAAUACAGAACUAAAAUACUACAAUUUCCUAUGUGGAUAUAUCGAAUUGUUAGCUGAUGAGACUGUGAUACACACUAUAGAUGGAAUUGAAUACAAAUUCAGGUACUUUUUGAGUAGAAAUUGGUCAUAUGAAGCACGUGGCAUUACUGUAAAGAAACUCAGUGAUAAAUACGAAAUAAAUGGGAGAGAAAUGAUUCAAUUUCCCCAUAAAUUGCACAAUCUCAGGGAAUACAUCGAAACAUUAGUCAAUCGAUCAGAAAAAGAGAUCAUCAGGUGCAAUAAAAAUGAAUAUACGCUUGAAAACAGAUCAAACAUAGAACUAGGAAUCAAAACAGAUAAUUUGAUCAAUAAUGCGAUCUAUAUCCGAAAUGUUGGAUGGAUGGUAAGGAAGAAUAUGAUAUUGCUGAAUAGUGGCCUAAAAAUAGAACUGGAUGGAAUGACUGUGAUGAAUAAGGAAGAGGUGAACUAUAAAAACGAUAGAGAAAUAAUCAACAAAAUAGUGCGACUCUUCAUAGAGGAAGCUAGGAAAUACAACUGA